ACUCGCGAUUCGCGUCCCCGGCCGUUCGCGAACGAAAGCGAUCAAAGUUUCCAUCGAAAUCGAAUAUUCCGAAAGUAAACCUUGUCUAGAAAACGCAGCGAUAAAAUGAUAAAAAUCGACCGCUGCCGCGUUCGCUUUCGACGUUCCUCCAACCGUGAUUGCUGAUCGGGCUCGGCGACACGGAUGUUCCUCUUUUUUCAAGGUAACGAGCGAAAUUCUAUUCCUUAUGUAUCUUUAACCAAGGCCUUCCUAAUGACCGCGUUUUUUCGCCCGCGGCGCCGUUUAUGGCCGCGCGGCUACCGUUUUCUUGGCCAAGACGAGUCCGCGGCCGCGGUCGCGGUCGCGUCCGGUAGCUUUCGAUGCACGUCAAUUAGUUGAUUUAUAAACGGGUCCGGCGAGAUGGUCUGCGUGGAAACGCGUGCGCGCGCGCCACUCGGGAGUUCGGCGUACCGCGUUCGCUUUGGCUCGGGGACCUCGUGCCGCGCCUUUUUCAGACGGAGACAGGGAUAGAAGCCCCCGAGGCGGCGCGACGCGACGCGACGACGGUUCACCGUGCUCGCGUCCGUAGCGCGUGCCAGCGUCGGCAUCUGCGCCUCUCCGCCAAUUAAAGCCUAGGGAAAUUCGCUUUCGUUGAGACGACGCGUGCCGCGUGGCUCGCGACGCGCGGGAAUGGUCCAUCGCGGGCCUGUGGGCGGUAUCGCGGCCGGCAGAGACGUUCGCGAGGCGCGAGCCCCGCGGAUGCGCGAGGGACGUUUCGGCUGUGCCGAGAUGCGGGUGGCGUGCAUAUUUAUACAUAUAUAUAUAUGGAGAAGCGCGACGGACGAUCGUCAGUGAUCCGUCCGCGGACAAGCGUGCCGUCGUCCUUCGAACCGCGCGAGAACGGCAGCGAUCGGAUCGAUUUCGAUCGUCGAUCUUUCGAUUGUUUCGUUUCGAAAUGCGUGACAACGUAGCGAGAUCGGUCGCGAUUCCGAAUCGUUCGAUAUCGUUCGAAUAACCUCGAUCGAUUUCCCCGAUCUUUCCUCGGAACGGUUCCUCCCCCUUUCGGCCGCGCGCGAGAUCGUUUCGGAGGAAACCCUGUUCGAGAGCAGCGUGCGAUGCGCCGAUUAUCCGACCACCGGGCAGAUCGAACGACUCUUUGAAUCGCUUACAGUUUAGAAAAAACUAACGGCGCCGGUACCACGUAUACGCUGUACGCGCGAAACGAUGUUGUCGGGUCCAGUUUAACGACGUCCCGGGCCCGGCCGGUACCAGUCGCUCCGGGGGAGCUUUAAAAGACCUCGCCGAUGAACGGCGGUCCCCAUAGUUGGAUCGGUGCGGUGAUCUAGCGGGACCUAGGGCGAUCGACGACAUGAGGAUCGCGCGUGUGAUCACGGUCUGUGCCGCGUUAACGUUGGCGUUUCAUCGCGCGGAAUCCGUGCAACCGGACAGACGGUUGGCGAAGAAGCACCGGGCGCAGCCGCCGCAGCCGCCGCAGCCGCCGCAGCCGCCGCAGCCGCCGCAGCCUCGGAGAGACGACGCAACGGACAUCGGCGAGAUCACGUUCACCACGCUGCAGCCGGAAACGCGGAACCCGAGCACCCGCUCCGGUGUCCACGGUGUUCCGAAGCAGGCGUUCGUAGACGCUCGGCCGGGUCGAUCGACGGUUUGGGUCCGUCGGGGCCGCUCGAGCGGCGGUCGCCGGCGAAGGCAGCUUCGGAAGAAUGCCGGCAACCUGAUCCGGGUGGGCCGAUCCUACGAAACGACCGGCGAGAAUCGCGUCGAUCAACAGGUGGAGAGCGUGCAGGGUCCGCCGGACGCGUUCGACGAAGGCACGGUGCACCUGGAGCCGGUCUACCGGGUGACCAAGAACAAGAACUUCGUCGACACGCUGCUGAACGUUCUCCGACGCCUGGUGCAUCCUGCGAAAUCGGUCGGCCCGCUCGUCGGCCCGUUCCACUUUCCCGGGAUCGGCGAGAAGGUCUACAUCAGACUUCUGGAAUCCGUGCAGCCCGACAAUCUGGUGAUCCGUUUCGUUUCGUCGUUGCCGGUGAACGAGAUCGAGACCACCUUCGACAAGAGCAUCCUGCCCCCCGAGGAGCUGUUCGAGCACUCGGCGGUCCUCGCGAUCGGCCGCGAGACCGACGACCGGCAUCGUCCGCAUCUCCAUCGUCAGGCCCAGCAGCAUCGUCGUCCGACGGUCCUCCCGGGGUCGAGCUCGGGCCAGGACUCGAGCAGCCACGCCGACGUUCCGAUCGUCGGCCACGAACCCCCGCCUCCGUCGACCGAUUCUCUACGAAACUCGUACGGACAGCGCGUCGAGCUCGACCACGGCGUGCCGGACGCGUUGCUCGCCGGCCGCGGAGCAGGAUCCGAACCGAGCACGGCCGACCGCGUCGAAGCUGCUGCAGCGAGCCGAGUCAACGCGGCCCACGUUUCGAGGACGUACAAGGUGAAUCUAAAGAACGGCGAGCCGAUCGCUGUUCAGAGGAUCGUUCGGCACGGGAAGGCGGUGGCCCAACCCGGUUCCGACGAACAACAGCAAAAUUCGCCUCCUCGUCGGGCAAACGGCUACCGGGACUCGACGGUUGCCGGUCCCUACCGAUUCCCUCGGGGAAAUCGAACAACCGCGACGGCGACGGCGACGGCGACGAGCGCAGGAAUCGGCAACAACCAGGAAUCUCGUUCUCCCGAAUCGGAGGGCGCGUCCGGUUCGGCCUUUCAGAGAGUCGAAUGGGAUCCGAUCGUCCCCGGAUCCCAGCCCUCGAUCUGGGAGCAGUUGCGCUCGAACAAUUUCUCCGGACCCGAGGAGAACGGUCCCCGGUACAGCAUUCAGUUUUUCAGCAAGAAGAUGAGAUACCUGAAUCUGGACGGCAGCGUGGACUCGCCUCGGGAGCCACCCGGCAAGGAAGAACGCUUCGAGCGGUUCGAACCGUCGAACGCGAAAACGUCGGGGUCCGUCGCCUACUGGGAAGCGCUGAAAAAUGGAAAUGCUAGGAACAAGAGGGGCCACGAACGGACGGCGACCACGGGAAAGGGUUUCGAAGACAGAAGCGACGACGGCGAGGUCGGAGAGAGAGACGAACGCGCGAAGAAGGACGCCGGGACCGAGGUCCCGACCGAUACCCCGACCGAGACUCCGACCGAGACCCCGACCGAGACCCCGCCGCAGCCGCCGCAGCCGCCGCAGCCGCCGCAGCCUCGGAGAGACGACGCAACGGACAUCGGCGAGAUCACGUUCACCACGCUGCAGCCGGAAACGCGGAACCCGAGCACCCGCUCCGGUGUCCACGGUGUUCCGAAGCAGGCGUUCGUAGACGCUCGGCCGGGUCGAUCGACGGUUUGGGUCCGUCGGGGCCGCUCGAGCGGCGGUCGCCGGCGAAGGCAGCUUCGGAAGAAUGCCGGCAACCUGAUCCGGGUGGGCCGAUCCUACGAAACGACCGGCGAGAAUCGCGUCGAUCAACAGGUGGAGAGCGUGCAGGGUCCGCCGGACGCGUUCGACGAAGGCACGGUGCACCUGGAGCCGGUCUACCGGGUGACCAAGAACAAGAACUUCGUCGACACGCUGCUGAACGUUCUCCGACGCCUGGUGCAUCCUGCGAAAUCGGUCGGCCCGCUCGUCGGCCCGUUCCACUUUCCCGGGAUCGGCGAGAAGGUCUACAUCAGACUUCUGGAAUCCGUGCAGCCCGACAAUCUGGUGAUCCGUUUCGUUUCGUCGUUGCCGGUGAACGAGAUCGAGACCACCUUCGACAAGAGCAUCCUGCCCCCCGAGGAGCUGUUCGAGCACUCGGCGGUCCUCGCGAUCGGCCGCGAGACCGACGACCGGCAUCGUCCGCAUCUCCAUCGUCAGGCCCAGCAGCAUCGUCGUCCGACGGUCCUCCCGGGGUCGAGCUCGGGCCAGGACUCGAGCAGCCACGCCGACGUUCCGAUCGUCGGCCACGAACCCCCGCCUCCGUCGACCGAUUCUCUACGAAACUCGUACGGACAGCGCGUCGAGCUCGACCACGGCGUGCCGGACGCGUUGCUCGCCGGCCGCGGAGCAGGAUCCGAACCGAGCACGGCCGACCGCGUCGAAGCUGCUGCAGCGAGCCGAGUCAACGCGGCCCACGUUUCGAGGACGUACAAGGUGAAUCUAAAGAACGGCGAGCCGAUCGCUGUUCAGAGGAUCGUUCGGCACGGGAAGGCGGUGGCCCAACCCGGUUCCGACGAACAACAGCAAAAUUCGCCUCCUCGUCGGGCAAACGGCUACCGGGACUCGACGGUUGCCGGUCCCUACCGAUUCCCUCGGGGAAAUCGAACAACCGCGACGGCGACGGCGACGGCGACGAGCGCAGGAAUCGGCAACAACCAGGAAUCUCGUUCUCCCGAAUCGGAGGGCGCGUCCGGUUCGGCCUUUCAGAGAGUCGAAUGGGAUCCGAUCGUCCCCGGAUCCCAGCCCUCGAUCUGGGAGCAGUUGCGCUCGAACAAUUUCUCCGGACCCGAGGAGAACGGUCCCCGGUACAGCAUUCAGUUUUUCAGCAAGAAGAUGAGAUACCUGAAUCUGGACGGCAGCGUGGACUCGCCUCGGGAGCCACCCGGCAAGGAAGAACGCUUCGAGCGGUUCGAACCGUCGAACGCGAAAACGUCGGGGUCCGUCGCCUACUGGGAAGCGCUGAAAAAUGGAAAUGCUAGGAACAAGAGGGGCCACGAACGGACGGCGACCACGGGAAAGGGUUUCGAAGACAGAAGCGACGACGGCGAGGUCGGAGAGAGAGACGAACGCGCGAAGAAGGACGCCGGGACCGAGGUCCCGACCGAUACCCCGACCGAGACUCCGACCGAGACCCCGACCGAGACCGAGACCGAGACCGAGACCGAGAACGAAAGCGGUCCGCGGCUCGGCGGAACAACGGCCGCGAGAUCGAGAUAACCUUCGGUCUCGAUAUUUUCAUCGCCGAACGAACGCGGCCGGCUCUCUUCUUUCUUAAUAAUGUAUUUGGGAGCGAAGUCGGCCCGCUUCGGCUCGCGAGCUCCGUUCGCGUCGAGCCGCGAUUCCGCGUCGAAAACUGCGUCGGAAGACGGAGUCGAGGCUGCGCGGCACGAGCACGGUCGCGACAACGCGGUUCGCCGGCUGUAAUUUUUCGAAACGGUCUUUCUUCUUUUCUCGUUCCGGGAAAGCGACGUUUUCCAUUCUCCUUCCACGAUAGAUUCGUCGGCUGGCACACCGUAACGUAUAACCGUUUCGAUCGUUGUCGUCGCAUCGACCGAAAGCCGCGCGGAAUCUUCUCUCGAACGAUAAUCUUAAGUUUCGCCGAUGUCGGUAUCGAAGCCGAGAUCGAUCGCGAGAGAAAAACCGACCAGCGACUGGAAACCGUUGUUCGAUAAUCUUCUUUCGAACGAACCCCGAAGGGACUGGCGCUCGCAACGAACGCUUCUCGCCGUUCACGGGCCGAAACGCGUUCGCGCUAAUCGCGGCUUCGACGACGCGCGUUCCUUUUUCAAGGUCUUUUCGAGCAUUUUCGAAGCAACGAAUUAUUCGAUUGCGCAACGAACGACGAACCGCCGCUUUCGCCGUAACUAUUUAACGAGAUAUCGUCGAGAAUGAUAAUUUUAUGCUUUCGUGGACAAGCGUAACGGCCGUUGCAUAGCUGAAAUUGAUCGGGGCAUCGUAGCAUUCGAUAAUUAAGAAGGAACGUAAUUGGUUUAACGAGCGACCGAAAGUAGCCGACGAACUUGGUCGACUUUUCUCUCCGACGCCUUCUCGCCUUCGCCUCGGAGAAGAUCGCGCUUCGCCGAGCGUCGAAAUCGCUGCGCGAACGGUGGACAGCGGACAGCGGACAGCGGACAGCGGACAGCGGACAGCGAAUAGCGCUUCCGACCUCGCGUUCGAAUCGUUCGAGCAUCGGCCGGGAUCGGGAUAUCUGGAGGCCGCUCCGGUCCGUCCGCGUCUUCGUUUCGUAGAACGUGGAAUCUCGACGAGAACGUUGUAUUCGAAGAUUCUGCGUCUCAUUGUUUCUAUGAAUAUUAAACUAUCGAACUUUCUAUGCAAGAAA